CAGAGGAGGAGCAACAUCAGCGUCAGGUUAGGUUCUGCUCCUCCAUCUGCUCCAGUGUGUCCACAGGAGUGGGAGCACCAUGGACCAAACUUUAACCUCUCCUCUGUGUCAUUCCAGAAGAUACUGAGCAGAUAUGGACCAUCCGUGAGGAGAACGCGACAGAAUGGAGAGUCCGGAGUCGCCCCUCACCCCCGGCGUCAGGCCGUACACCGCCGUGGAGACGCUGCUCAUCGUCCUGGUCGCUGGAUCCCUGAGUCUGGUCACCGUUAUCGGAAACAUCCUGGUCAUGCUCUCCAUAAAGGUGAACAGGAACCUGCAGACCGUCAACAACUACUUCCUGUUCAGCCUGGCCUGCGCCGACCUCAUUAUCGGCGUCUGCUCCAUGAACCUCUACACCGUCUACAUCGUGACGGGCGACUGGCCCCUGGGGGCGGUGGUGUGCGACCUGUGGCUGGCCCUGGACUACGUGGUGAGCAACGCCUCCGUCAUGAACCUGCUCAUCAUCAGCUUCGACCGCUACUUCUGCGUCACCAAGCCGCUCAGCUACCCGGCGCGCCGCAGCACCAAGAUGGCCGGCCUGAUGAUCGCCGCCGCCUGGGUCCUGUCCUUCAUCCUGUGGGCCCCCGCCAUCCUCUUCUGGCAGUUCAUCGUGGGGGUGAGGACCGUGCCGGACUACGAGUGCUACAUACAGUUCUUCUCCAACCCGGCCGUGACCUUCGGGACGGCCAUAGCGGCCUUCUACCUGCCGGUGGCCAUCAUGAUCUACCUGUACUGGCGCAUCUCCAGGGCCAGCCGCAGCCGCAUCAGGAGGGACAGCAGGAAGACCUCGGGCACCAGCCUGGGGGAGGGCCCGUCGCACAGCCAGGAGGAGGCCUGCGACAACCGCAACGACUGCGCCGCCACGGGCGACGCGCGGGAGGCGGAGGAGGAGGCGCCGCAGCAGCGCAACGGAAGCGGCCCCUGCAAGGAAGCGGGUGCCGAUGCGGUGGAGGCGACGUCCGACAGCGUCCGCGCGUCGGCGUCCAACGACGACGCCGCGGCGGCCGCGUCCCCGCGGGGGGCGCCGAGCGCCGACAAGGACAACUCCACCGCCGAAAGACUGAUCACCAGAACGCUGUUCAAGGUAACCAAACAGAGCGCCGUGGCGAAGUGGAAGAGGAAAAGCUUCUCCUCGAGGGAGAGGAAGGUGACGCGCACCAUCAUGGCGAUCCUGGUGGCGUUCGUGGCCACGUGGACGCCGUACAACGUGAUGGUGCUGAUCAACACCUUCUGCUCCGCCUGCAUCCCGAGCUCCCUGUGGAUGAUCGGCUACUGGCUGUGCUACAUCAACAGCACCGUCAACCCGGCCUGCUACGCGCUGUGCAACCCCACCUUCAAGAACACCUUCAAGCACCUGCUGACGUGUCAGUACCGGAAGCUACGCUCGGCGAGAUGAAGCGCUAGAUUCAUCCACUGAAACUGAGCUGUGCUGUAAAUUCGUAGUCUGACUGAUCUUGUUUUUUUUUUUACACGACAUUGCUUUUUACUGAGCUGUUUAACCCACUCUGCUAAAGUAUCGUUUCAGUAUAAAAGCUGUAGGAAGAGAAAACUGACACAGGAAAAACUGAGAAAGUCUUUUGACUAAACAACUUUAUUUAUACCUAAAAAGACAGAACAGUAUUUA